UGAGCAAAAUUGAUAGCUCAAGCCUUAAUUUCCCAUAACCCUAGUACCAUAGGAGUAAAAGAUGCCAUCAAACCGUCUUGCUAUCGUGCCGGUAAUGCAAGCCGAGUGAAGAGGGGAGGGAGAGAGACAGUGCGUGGAAGAGAAGGAAACUAACUAACUGCACAAAAAAAGAGAAAUUCUGAUUUCAAUGGAAGAACAGAGAAGGAGGAGAAGAAGAAGAUUCUGGACUUCAAGCUCUCUAGCUCUUCUUCUGAUCUUCUUCAUGGUUGUUCGUGCAGAUUUAUCAGAUUAUAAUCCAACUCUUCAAAGAGAGCCCAAAGCGCAUCAUCGGCGAUUACAUCAGGAACAUGAUGCUUCUUCUGUGGCUGGGCACGGGGUUCAAUCAGAUGAAAUGGAUAUCAACAUAAUUGCAACAUACAGUGACACUUCUGGUGCUGUUCGAACGAGUAGGGUGAAAAUGAGUGACCUGUCUCCUUCUUGGGUCUUGGAAAACCCUGCAGAUAAAAAUCAUGAUCAGCCAAAGACUUCCCAGUUUCAGAGAUUAGAAGAUUCAUCAAAAGCUGGAGCAACACAUGAAGAUGAUGUGCUGCAUUCUGCGAGGGAUCAUCAAUAUGGUGAAGGUGGAAUCCCAUCUUCUUGGAAGUUACCAAUGAGCCCAGUGAAGCUCCAGCGCCAGACAGCACGGAAGGACAGGAGGGUACUCCGAACUUCAGUGCUAAUUCAACAAGAUAAAGGAGCUGCUGACAGCCAGACAGAAGCAACUGCAUUUAUAUGGUCCAAAAGCCUGGACACUUCUAUCAAGGGAAAGUACAGUAUAUGGAGGAGAGAUUUUGAUAGUCCAAAUUCUGAUUCUACUCUGAAACUCAUGCGGGACCAGAUUAUAAUGGCCAAAGCUUAUGCAAAUAUUGCCAAAUCAAACAAUGUAACUACACUUUACAACUCUCUUAUGAAACAGUCGAGAGAAAGCCAGCUUGCUAUUGGAGAAGCAAUGUCUGAUGCAGAGCUUCACCCAAGCGCACUUGUUCAAGCAAAAGCAAUGGGGCAUGUUUUGUCUAUAGCAAAGGAUCAACUAUACGAAUGUCCUACAAUGUCUCGGAAGUUAAGGGCCAUGCUCCAGUUAAAUGAAGAGAAUGUAAAUGCUUUGAAGAAAAAAAGUGCGUUCUUGAUUCAACUAGCAGCAAAAACAAUCCCAAAACCAUUACACUGUCUUCCUCUGCAGCUUGCAGCUGACUAUUUCCUAUAUGGUUAUCAAAACAAGAAGUAUUUGGACAAAGAAAAGGUUCAAGAUCCGUCUUUGUUCCACUAUGCUAUCUUCUCUGAUAAUGUGCUCGCAACAUCUGUGGUUAUCAAUUCCACUGUGCAGCAUGCAAAAGAUCCACAGAAACAUGUUUUCCAUAUAGUCACAGAUAAACUGAACUUUGCUGCGAUGAAAAUGUGGUUUAUUGUCAAUCCUCCAGCCAAAGCAACAGUUCAAGUUGAAAAUAUUGAUGAUUUUAAGUGGUUGAAUGCCUCUUACUGUUCUGUUUUACGUCAACUUGAAUCUGCCCGGAUUAAAGAAUACUAUUUCAAGGCUAAUCACCCUUCCUCUCUUGCUUCUGGUGCUGACAAUCUCAAAUAUAGGAAUCCAAAAUAUUUAUCUAUGCUGAAUCAUCUUCGAUUCUAUCUUCCUGAAGUAUAUCCAAAACUAGAUAAGAUCCUUUUCUUGGAUGAUGACAUUGUAGUUCAGAAGGAUUUGACACCACUUUGGUCCAUUGAUCUACAAGGGAUGGUAAAUGGUGCAGUGGAGACAUGUAAGGAGAGCUUUCAUAGGUUUGACAAGUAUCUAAACUUCUCGAAUCCAAAGAUCUACAACAAUUUUGAUCCAAAUGCUUGCGGUUGGGCAUUUGGCAUGAACAUGUUUGACUUGAAGCAGUGGAAAAGGUCGAAUAUCACUGGGAUAUAUCAUCACUGGCAAGAUCUGAAUGAGGAUAGAACUCUUUGGAAAUUGGGCUCGUUGCCACCGGGACUGAUAACCUUCUAUAACCUAACCUAUCCACUGGACCGAAGUUGGCAUGUCUUGGGACUUGGUUAUGACCCGGCUCUUAACCAAACUGAGAUAGAGAAUGCAGCUGUAGUUCACUACAAUGGGAAUUACAAGCCAUGGUUGGAUUUGGCUGUUGCCAAGUACAAGCCUUACUGGUCUAGAUAUGUACAGUAUGAUAACCCUUAUCUUCAACAAUGCAACAUUGUUGAAGAAUGAUUUUUGUCCCCAUUUUCUUUUUCUCAUGUAAUAGUUCUAAAGAAAGAAAUUGACAGUGCCUUAUAGCUCAACAAAAAUUUGUUUUUCUCCCAAAGAAA